AAUGAAGUUUGGGUCCACAGACACGAAUCCCGCCACCGAGAAAGCUGGCGCCGCGUGGAGGAGUUGGGAUGAGAAAAACACCAGCUGUUGACGGAGGCGGCGGGGCAGGUGGCUCAGGGGGAAGCCGUGGACCACUCGCCAGGUCCUGUCCCGCUGGCAGGAGACGGCACGUGGUUGGACAGGUAGAAGGCGACUGCCAGAACGGUCGGGUGCAGAACGAGCAAGACGGAGUAGAUGGCGUGAACGGUGGCUUCCUUGCCGUUCUCCAUGCUCUUGUAGAGCUCGAAGAAGCUGGCGCAAGUGAGCAUGAAGUAGGUCGGGAUGACGUACAUGAGGUGCGGCGUGAAGCUCCUCGCCAGCCUCGAAGUGAGGCGGGCGAGGGCAAGGUGCACGAGGCGGAGCUCCUCCAAGGCGAAGCAGCUGGGUGGGCACUUCGAGGCGUCUUCGAGCUCUUCGCCGUCUUGCUCUCCCUCGCCGAAGAGCUUUUCCCGCAGGUCAUCAUGGGCGGAGGUCACGCUCUUGGUCUCAGUCCCUUGGUCCUCCAGCGCCACGCUACGAGACGCCGAGGCCACGCAGGACUCGAGUUCGCGGUGCAGUUGUUGGUACUUCACGCGAAGGACGAGGCAGAAAGCUGAAGCCUGUGUACGGAGGGUGGUUAAGGUUCAUUUCAUUGUCAUUUUCAUAUAUGAAUAACGAAUAUAUGAUGAUAAAUAAUAAAUUAUGUCAGAUAAAAGAACACUGUCAAAAUAAUCUAUGAAACGUUUACGUAUAUUUAUUGUGUUCCAUACAUGUACAUUUCAAAAGUUAUUGUUUGAUGAGUUCAUACAAUGUAGGUAAAUAAAUCUAUGCAGCAGUUAACACGUUCUAAGUGCUCCCUCAUACCUGGAACAUCGGGAAGAGGAAUGAACUCUGAAUGCGAAUGUUGUUAUAGAUUGCAAAGCCUCGAGCCGGCUGCUGUCUCGGUAUAAUGGGCAGUACGUGAACCACAGCCACCACGAGGGCAAAGAUCCAGUAAGCCAAAAUGAGCCAUGAACCGCGAGUCACACUGCGCGAGGGUAGGCGUGAGUCCAACUGCAAAAUCAGAGGAAGCGGCGAUAGCUUAGCCAUUCAGUGUCUUGUCGAGAGUCUGUUGUUCUUAUAGUGCUCAUCUUGCAUCUGCUUUUCUGUAAAAGUACAUCAAAUGUACAACUACAAGGGAACAAGAGUUAUGUAAACACAGGUGUACAGUACACGCUAUUAAAUGUACAUUUGUCCAUGAAAUGGCUCUAAUAUAAUAUGAGUAUACAGGUAUAUAUUUCAUCUUAUAAUUAUGUUCUUUUUAAAACAUUCCAUAAAGUUAUCAAUUUCAGUGCUAAUCCGGCUGGACGGUGCUCCGUGUCGAGGGACUUGGGGCUUGGCAGAAAGAGGCCGUUGUCCCGAGUGGAGGCCCUUCCUCGCCGUGAGCAGGUCCCACGUGCUUGGAACCCCUGGUCGCCAGCCACGCGCAUAGGAAUACGAAUAAAAAUCCCAGGGUACGCUGUUGGUGAUGCAAAGCUUCAAGUGAUAGAUGGGUCAACAAAAGUUUUAGCCCCACUGAUGUAGAGACUCCACACUUUGGCAGUAACAGACACACCUUGUCCAGCGCAGCAUACAAAGCGUCCCAUCUUCGUGCGACAACAAGAACCAGAAGCAGACAGAAGAUAGAACCCGCGGCACUCAAACUCAUGAAGAAAUAUUUUACCAUCUUGUCCACAGGCGACUGGUUGUCCGAGGCUGUGUAGCUAGCGAACAUGACUGAAGGUAUAGAUUAUAUUGAUUAUAAUGGCGGUUUAAGAAAGUUUUUAUUUCUGCGAAAUUGUUAGUUAAAUGGAUGGGAAUAUUUCUUCUGUAUCAUGAUAUUGUAAUAUACGGAGCUGUAUCAUAAAAAAAAACUACUCGAUUGCUGCUAUUCAAUAAAAAUCGAUACAAAAUAAUUCCAGCAUACAUACUUCUGCCGGUGAUCAAUCACACUAAAACAACAAUGAACACAACAAAUAUGGAGGCCAAUGACAUAUUGACUUCAACAGCCAGCCUUGAACACGUAGGAUCAAUGGUAUGAGAAUAACAAAAAGCCUUUUAUUCACACAUACACUUUUGUGCGUGUGUGACCUUGCAUCAAAAGUUACGGCUUAUUGAUGCUAAAUUACCCAGUUACCUCUGAAUACAGUAUAGACGCCCGCGCCGUAGGUAGACCAGACGGCGGCGGUGUAGAGGAGCACAGGCGAGCAGAUCCUGAAGGUCGGCGGCCCGCUCCUGCUCCAGAACUUCAGGAGGGGGAAGAGGCCCAUGAUUCCUCCCAGAAGCGUUACCGGCCGCAGCUGCCCGUACAGCGGCCGGGGCGGUGCUGCUCGGAAUGA